AUGCUUCCACCUAAAUCUCGGGAACGUUCGUCCUUGAAAGCGGAGGACCCUGAUGCGCAGCUCCAAGUUAAGCCGCCCGGUUGGAUAUAUUCCAUUAUAACCUUACUAUGCUGCUGCCCGGCAGAGGACCUCUCCGAGCUUCCACCUCGCCGCAUCGUCAGCAUCAACUACCAGCAACCGAAGUCACUUAUACAAGUAACGACGGAAAUCACCCUAGAGUGGGAAGACGCCAAGCCGUCCGACGAGCCGUCCGACGAGCCCUCCGACAAGCCAAGCUUCAACACCAGCAUCUCCUCACAAGGGGCAGCACAUUUUGACGAGGCGGCAGAAGAGGAGAGUAACGCAGACGCCCUAUCACCGCUUCUACCGAAGCAGCUCGCGACAACGGAGCGCUAA